AUGGGAAGUGAGUCUGCGGCGACGAUUCCCAUCACGGUUGAUUUCUCCGGCGGCUUAGAGAUGCUGUUCGACAAUCAACGCCGCUACCUCAUCUCACUCCCUGUCACCGACGAAAGUGGCAAGGCAGCUAACAUCGCCUUCCUCAUCGAACACCUCUGCAAGCAUUACAUGAAGGACCCAAGGGCCGACUUGUUUGUCCUCGACGGCCACAUCCGGCCCGGCAUCCUCGUGCUGAUCAACGACGCCGAUUGGGAACUUGAGGGUGAGGAAGCCUACGAGAUCAAGUCGAAGGACAACAUCUUGUUUGUCUCGACUCUCCACGGCGGCUGA